AUGAUGAGAUCUCCAACCUGUCUCUCCCUGCUUAUCAUCGCCUUGUUGCCCAUGGCAAAGCUGUGGGUGCUUGCCCACCAACUGUCGGCUCCAUGUGCCUUGAGAACGCCCGCACCAAUUCCACUUGCUCCAAUGCAAUCUCGUGUCUACCGCGUUGGAGUGCUCGCCAAUCGAGGCGUGGAGAGAGCAGUGUCUCAGUAUCAAAUGACAUUUGGAGACUACUUGACCACCACGGUUGGCCCAAAGUUUGAUCCUCCCAUUUCGUUUGAAAUGGUUCCAGUGCCUAUCAGCGAAGCUCCAAUAGAUGAGCUCCCAAAGCACGACUAUGUGUUUGCCAACCCAGCCAUUGCUUCCUGCAUCGACUCGGAAGUUGGCUUGAAACCGUUGGUCAGUCUCGUAUCCAAGCGCAAAAGGGGGGACGAAGUCGUCGAGUUGUCUCAAUUUGGGGGUGUGAUCUUCACUCAAGCGGGAAACACAGAGGUCAACAAUGUGCAAGACUUGAAGGACAAACGCGUUGCAGCUCUUGGUCUUUCCGCGUUUGGGGGAGCGCAGAUGCAAUUCCGGGAAAUGAUCAGGGCCGGCCUCCAUCACCUGCAAGAUCCCAAGCAAAUACUCUUUUGCGAGACCCAGGGAAACAUUGUGAAGGCAGUCCUUGAUGGGAAAGCAGAUGUGGGCUUUGUCAGAACUGAUCAACUUGAACAGUUCAUUGAUCCUGCUACUGAUCAAGUCCUGGACUUGUCCAAAGUCAAGAUUAUCAGACCCUUGCCAGAAGACCUGGCGGAUGGAACGCCUUUUCCAUUCAUCAAGACCACACAGCUCUACCCAGAGUGGCCCUUCUCGAGCACACCCGAUGUCAGCGAAGAUAUUGACCUGGAGGUUCAAAAGAGCCUUCUCGAGCUUUCGCAGCACGCGAGCGCAGCGUCUGCACUGUUGGAGUGCUACGAACAGAGCAACUGUACAAGUAGUCCUCUUCUGGAUGAAGAUGCCCGAAAUGACUGCGAAGAAGCGUGCUUUCAUGAGGUUCAUCCCGUUGCCUCCGAAAGUUGUUUGGUAGACCGAGAGACAAUACUUUUGGCUGACUUGAGUAAAACUGCUGCCAAGAAUGCAGGAUGGCGGCCAUCUCUGUCAUACAUGACCAUUCGAAACUUGCAGAGGGAAAUAGACUUCCUACAAAGAAACGAUGAAGGCAAUUUUCAAUGCGUGAGGGCCAAAACCCUUGCAGAUGCCGUUGUCUGCCCUCAAGGACACUUCAAGAAAAACGAGAAUGAUAUUGACACCAGUUGCGAGGAUCUUGGGAUGAGUUGCCACGGCUACAAGUGCGUCUGCAAGCCGUGCGUCAAGGCGUUUGAUGUUGACUUUUCUUCUGCGUCGACGACUGCCAAGGGCGGUUGCGACAAGUUUGAGAUGUGCGGCACUGUCCAACAAAGUGAUGUGAUUGCUUUCACUGCAGUAGACAAUCGGAAGAGACCCAAUGCAACGUUCGAAGUCAAGGUCCAUGUGGAAGAGGAAACCGAACUGUAUCCCAUGCAGCGAGUUGACGGCAACAGUUCUUCCGAGGAGGUCUUCAGGUACCAGUUUGAGUUUGAUGCUACGGACAGGAAAACUGGGUUCCUGAUCAUGGAAGUCACUGUCACCAAGAACGGAGAAACCGAGCAAAUCCCUCAGUCGCCUUUCCGCCUCGAGGUGCAAACCAGAGACUGCCAAGAAGCCACCGGUGAUUCUUUGCGGGUUGCUGAUGAGAGCGGUAACUGUGUCUGCAAGACCUCAUCGGUUGAGAUUGGUUCCAGCUGCAUCAGUUUGGCUGUGCUGCUUCCUGCCAUAAUCGUCCCAAUUGUCGUGCUCCUCGCCAUUGUCAUCACUUGCAUUGUCAUCAAAAACAAGGUCAGAGAAGAUCUCUUGUGGAAGAUCACAAAGGAGGAGAUUGCUUUUGGCGACCCACCAACAAUCCUAGGGAAAGGUCAUUUCGGGGCUGUGUACCUGGCAUCAUACCGUGGAGCCCAAGUGGCGGUGAAGCAAAUCCGUUAUGCCAAUCAAGGGGUCUCAAAUAACCCAUCCAUUCAUUUGAAACAAGGAGGAACGCUAAUACCUCUUCUCAAGGCCAGAGUGAAGUCGGAGUUCGACCAGGAUGAAACAUCUACAUCUACGACAGAACUCGGGGAUAUUGAGACUGGAUUUGGGAACAAGUCUUGCCUCUUUGUUGCACAUCCGCAGAGUAGCCACAGCUCACCAAGCACUGCUCUCACUGGGAGGGCAUUCACUCAUUCCUCAUCGAUGCCCUCAUCCUCGCCAUCGCCCACGACGCUCAAGCGAGAGAUCAAGAUACUCUCAAAGCUCCGUCAUCCAAACAUUGUUACUGUUAUGGGUGCCGUCGUUGACCCAGGGGGUCAAAAGAUGAUUGUGAUGGAGUACAUGGAAUUGAAAUCACUGACGGAUGUCCUGCAAAGCAGAACAAUGGCUGUGGAUGACACGAUGGUGUUGAGCAUGGUUCAGGAUGUCGCGCGAGGAGUACAGUACCUCCACGCGACAACACCCUGCAUUGUCCACGGCGACAUCAAAGCAAGCAAUGUAUUGGUUGACUCGAUGUUCAGGGCCAAAGUUGCUGAUUUUGGCUUGUCCGCGUCUCGUGGAAGCAGCCAUGCGAGGGUAGCCCGUGGAACACCCUUCUGGAUGGCUCCUGAACUUUUGCACGGCUUAUCUGGCAACACUACAAUGUCAGACGUCUAUUCAUUCGGAGUCUUCCUCUACGAGGCGUACAAGCGCCAGUAUCCCUAUGCUGGUGAAGAUGCCGAAGAAGUCCUCCGCCUAGUCGCUGAACCAACCGUGAACAAGCGACCUCCAAUUCCAUCUCGCUGUCCUCAAGAAGUAGCUGAAGCUAUGGAGGCAUGUUACAGAGCAGACCCAAACCAGCGACCGACCUCUUCAGAGGUAAGCAGAAUGAUGGAAAGUAUUACCAAGGACGGAAGCAGAGUGCAGUCAUUGCUCUGGGAGCUUUUCCCACGCCACGUUGCUGCCGCCAUCCGUGAAGGCCGCACAGUGGAGCCUGAGAACCACGAGACUGUCACGGUGCUUGUCAGUCGAAUAGAAGAACAUGAGACUUUGGAAGCAGAGAUGUCCCCGGCCAAGUUCAGUAGCCUCCUGAGUCGUUUGUACAAGAAAUUUGAUAAUUUGUGUGACCUGCACAACGUCUUCAGACUGGAAGAAGUGGGCAAUGGUUUCAUGUGCACCACCAACCUGGCUGAAUCACAACCAGAGCACGCGCGUAUCAUGGCUGCCUUUGCUGCUGACGCCUUGAAAGCUGCUGCCUGCACGCUUCUUGAUGACGACGAUCCGUCACAAGGGUUUGUGUCCAUCAAAAUAGGCUUUGCAUCCGGCCCGGUUGUGUCUCAUGUGGUUGGAACCCGGUCGCCUCGUUUUGCCAUUAUAGGCAAAACGGUCAACUUGGCAACCAAACUCCAGACUUUCUCAAAGUCGGGUCGGGCUCUGUGUUCCGAACAUGCAGUUGAUUUCCUCCGAGAGCAAGAUCCUUAUGCACAAGUUGAAUGCCGCGGCAGAAUCAGUCUGACUGAACGCGACCAAGUCGUUGCUUACUGGGUUGGUGACAUUGUCCUGCCGAGCACUCAGAAUGCGGCUCCCGUAAGAGCAGCUCCAAGCAAAGUCGAGGACAGCCUCAUAGAGUGGAAUGUGGAUGUGCUAAGCCGCGUCAUCAAAGAGAUCGUUGCUUCUAGAAGGGAUCCAGCUUCGACCGCAGUUGAACCAGGAGACUUCCGUCAUUUGACGUGUGCAACUGGAACAGUCUUUGAAGAGGUGAAAGAGGUCGUACCGAUUCCUUCGUUCGACGCUGACACGGUCCGAAGAGUGAAGGAGCACCAAGGGAUCGUCCUUCCCGCAGAGGUCACAUCACAGCUCAAAGACCUCGUAACUAACAUUGCAGGGCUAUACAACGAAGACGUCCCAUUCCACAAUUUUGAGCAUGCUUCACAUGUGACUCUGUCGGUCGUACGACUCUUGAGUCGCAUCAAGACUGUACCUUCUGAAGGUCAGGCUGGCAAAAAUGAUGCAGAAAAGACACUUCAUCAAUGUUCUUAUGGGAUAGCAAGUGAUCCUGUCACCCAAGCAGCCAUCAUUUUUUCGAGCUUGAUGCACGAUCUAGGUCAUGAGGGCGUCCCCAAUGCCCAGCUGGUGAAGGAGGACUCAGAAGUCGCCGUGCGAUACAAGGGUCGAAGCGUGGCCGAACAACACUCCUUCGACGUCGGAUAUGGUGUGUUUAUGAGUCCAAAGUACGAGCAAUUGCGGCGUACAAUUGCGCACACCGAGGAAGAAGCGGCCCGCUUCAGGCAAAUGGUCAUCAACUGCGUAUUGGCAACAGAUAUCGUGGAUCAAGAGCUGAAGCGACUCCGCAACAAUCGUUGGGACAAGGCGUUUAGCGGGGAAAAUGCGGGUAACGACGAGGCUGCUGUCAACCGCAAGGCCACGAUUGUGAUCGAGCACAUCAUGCAGGCCAGUGACAUUGCACAUACCUUUCAGCAGUGGCAUACGUAUCGAAAAUGGAACCAGCGCUUCUUCUUAGAAUGUUACAAAGCCUGGAAGGAGGGUCGAGCGGACAAAGACCCCUCGAUCGGCUGGUACAAAGGAGAAAUCGCUAAAAAGCUGAGAGAUUCAGGCGUCUUUGGGGUGUACGGGGACGAGUACGUCCAAAAUGCCGUGGCCAACCGUGAAGAGUGGGUACUAUCGGGACAAGACGCCGUUGCCGAGAUGAUGACUAAGGCGAACAGGGUCAAGAGGUCAAAAUCGAUCUGGACACGGGACUCCAAGCAGCUCUCAACAGAUUCAGAGAAUUCUGAAGUGUUCGUGCGUGCCGCCGCUUCGUCAGAGCCCAACAGACCGCAGAUGGAGCAAGCGAAACCAGCAAGGCGAAAGAGACCUGUCACGGCUUCUCCAGCAACGCCGCUGGGGGGGUGGGACGCGACAGCCGAGGCUUAA